AUGAAUGAGCUCUCUUGGGGAGUGAAGCUGCAGAUCCUUAAAGACUAUUCCCCAGAAGCAACGAACAGAAGAGUCGGCAUGGAAGCUUUGGUCGACGGCAGACAACACGGAUACCGUAAAAAUCAUGACCCAGUGCGGGAAUACGAAGAGUAUGCGAUUAAACUCAAAGUAUUCCGCAUGAUGCACGAAUCAAUCAGCGACAGUGAAGCCAAGAUAAAGAGGGCGCAGCUUAUCAAGAAGAAUUACGAGAACAGCACGUCUUUUGAAAUCGGUUACAUAGUUGGUGACGCCACCGAAAAGUAUGGUGAAAUGUUGGAUAUGUCAGCAACGUUGGAAAGAGUGUACCACGAGUGGAGACCGCUGGACCACAUCAACGUAUACGAGCACGUCGCUAAUAGGGGAAUCGAGAUCAAUCAGCUCAUCGACUUGGCGAAGUCGAUCACCGAAAGCAUGAACGAAACGGCUGAGUAUAGACGUAGAUUAUUGAAUUUAAGUUUGUAG